UUUCUCUACGCUGCUCCUAAAAAAAAUUAGGCAAACGAAGCUUUAUGUUUGUCUUUCUACUUCUGAGGAGGAUUCCUCAAAAGCUUCGUUUUUGCAUCAUCUUUUUUUGACGUGAACGAUGCGUGUCUGCAAGAAAUCUUUCACAUGGAAUUCACCGAACCGUCGUCACGUGGUCCUUCUUUUGUAAGUUGCACAAAAGAAGCAGCACGCUUUGUUUUUUGUUUUUUUGGUUUUUUUGCGUGCCUAAAUUGGGCUAUUUUUAGAUUCAGGCCAGGCUGCCGCAUCCCGGAGGGGGAGCGUGCGUGGCUCGAUGACCACCAUCAAUCUGCCACGAGCCAGAAGUGUGACAAUGGCAUUAUCAUACCAAUACACGCUGCUGCGGCCAAUCAGGGAGCAGCUCAUUCAAAGCCUCGCACGAGCGGCUCUGUAUAAAAGGGGCAAGCCUCUCCUCCGAGGGCACUGCUCUUUCUGCGGAUCUACUCCACGCAACUUUUCUUAGAUACUCGAGCUUGUCAGGAAACUCAUCAUCGUCAUUCAUCGUCAUGACUCUUGAGGAAGUUCUGAGGCAGAAAUCCACCGAGGCCGAGCGUGCACAUUGCACCGGCAAAGCCCUGGAAGAGGUGCUGGUUACCGCCAUGGACAACGACGCCCUCACCGUGGGAGUGUACGAGUGCGCAAAAGUGAUGAAUCUCGACCCGGACAGCGUGUCCUUCUGCGUGCUGGCCGUGGAUGAGGGUUUCGAGUGUGACAUCGCUUUGCAGAUCCACUUCACCCUCAUCCAGUCCUUCUGCUUCGACAACGACAUCAGCAUCGUCCGAGUGAGCGACUUGCAGCGUCUGGCUGAGAUUGUUGCCGACAAGCCGGAGCAGCUCGAAGAUGCUCACUGCGUCCUCAUCACGAACCCGGCGGACGGGGCUUGGGAGGACCCCUCUCUAGAGAAGCUGCACCUGUUCUGCGAGGAGAGCCGGCGUCUGAACGACUGGGUCCCCGAGGUCAGCCUCCCCGGACGCUGACGCGGGAUCGGGCUCCUCUCUGUGAAGCUUCCCGUCGAUGGGAAAUGCUCAUCCUGAUGCGCCGGAUGAGGCCGUCCUGGCUCAUCCCCGGAUACUCCUGAGGAGGAUUUCCAAUCCGGGCGGCGCGGCGCCGGCCCGAGGGGCCCUCGCGCGAACGUCGCCUCUUGUCCCGUCCAUGCCAAGAUGACUCUCAUUCUUUGUGCGAAUGAGGUCAGGUAUGCCUCAAGAGCGACGCAUCGACCCUCAUUCUUUGUGCGGAUGAGGUUUGGAGAGGAAGGAGAAGCGGCGCGUGCGUGCGUGCCGCGCUUUCACGCGGAGGAGCACGUGUCGCUCGUCCAAGCACGCGCAGCAGGAGAAGAAGCGGUGCUGAAGGAAGAGGACUUGUUAAAAAGGGACUUUUUAACCACGGCCUCUUGGCCGAGCAACACCACAACAGUUGCAGUCGGCCAAAAUGUUUCCCACUUUCCAGAAUGGUCUUAAUUCUCUAAAGGUUUCACUUUAGAAGUUUAACAAUGCGGAAAAAAAAAAAGAUAAAUAUUGAAAAAAAAAAAAAAGAACCCAUGCCUGUUCCCUAAAGGUUUCACUUUAGGAUACGGCUGAAUUCAAUGAACGCUAAAUAUUAAACAAUUGUACUUAAGCAUAUGUCACUUGAAAAGAAAAUGCAAAAGAAAAAAAAACUUACGAUAAUGUUUGGAAAAUUAGUGUGGUAAAUCUUAAUAAAAAAAAUCACCUUAAAUUACAA